UGGAAAUGUACGCGCGGUUGGAAGGAGCGCUCCUGAAUCAUUAUCAUCUAGAAUCAGGUGGACAUUUCUAGCCACGGCACCGCAUAUUCACUUCAACGACAACGAAUACUUCUUGAAUUUUUUAAGAGAUUCCAAAAAAUUAUAAAAUAGACACUGCUGUCAUAUUUAUCCGUCAAUACCGGCUCAAACACAGAGUAACCUACAGUUAAGAACAGGGCAGAACGUGACACCGGAGAGAUAUCAAAGAACAGUGUUAAAGCCAUCUGUCAGACACGCAGACCGUAAACACAAUGGGAAGGAAAAAAAUACAAAUCUCUCGUAUCCUAGACCAGCGGAAUCGACAGGUGACAUUCACCAAGCGUAAGUUUGGCCUGAUGAAGAAAGCGUAUGAGCUGAGUGUACUGUGUGACUGUGAGAUCGCCCUCAUCAUCUUCAACAGCACCAACCGUCUGUUCCAGUACGCCAGCACUGACAUGGACAAGGUCCUGCUCAAGUACACAGAGUACAGCGAGCCUCACGAGAGCAGGACCAACACAGACAUACUGGAGACUCUGCGGAGGAAGGGCCUGGGCCUGGACGGGACAGAGCUGCUGGACACGGAGGAACCCAUGCAGGUGGCAGCAGAGAAGUAUGGCCCACACAGCGAGGGCAUGGACCUCUCCCUGGCCCGCCAGCGCUACUACGUUAGUACUCACACGGGUCUUAUUAGACAGGCCCCCUCCUUGCACUCACCAGAGGCCCAGUUCCUGGUGUCUACUGGCUGUGAGAAUGGAUACACCAACUCCUCCAACCCCAGCCCGAGCUCGCACAGACCCCCGGCCUUCAAGCCCCUGGGCCCCAGACCAGGCUCAGCCACCCCUGCAGGGCCCCACUGCCAUGCUGCCUUCAUGUCCCCACACUCAGGUAUUGGCAACUCUAUGUUCUCCCAUGGCAACCUGAGCCGGGCCUUGGAGAUGAAGACUCCUCCCCCUUUGAAUCUGGGCAGUGAGAACCGGCGGACAGAGAGCCACCCAGGCAUGGGUGGCACACGCGCCAAUUUUAGCAGUUCUAGAGGCCUACUGUACCCGGGCAUGCACCCAGGGAACCACAUGCUGGCAAUGGGGAAGACAGGUCUGCUGACUCAUGGUCUGGGGGGCUACAGCCUCUCCUCUGCUGGACCAUCUGACUACAGUCACCCAGGUUUCUCCCAUGCUGUGAGUCUACAUCGUGGGACUGUGAACCCAUGGCAGACAGAACAACCACAGGAGCAGCAUGUACCUCACCUCAGCCCAGCGAUGUCCAGUGGAGGGUGCUCUUUUCCUUCUCAGUCCUCAACCCCCACCCCUCCUCCUCACCCCUCCCUCAACCUCAGCAUCAAAUCGGAGCGCUGCUCCCCGGAGCACAUCUGCUCCCCGACCUCUCCGCCCGUGCGCCACUUGAGGCAGCACUCUCCAAUGAGCACCUCCAAUUCCGCUCACCACACCCCCCAGGAGCCCUACCCAGCCAAUGAGAGAGAGGAUUUCCCCAAAGGAGGUGUUCCCUACCCGUCUCAGCACGGGGCAGAGGAGAAAGGAGGGCUGCCCCUGAGGCAAUUAGAAAUCAGCGACGGGUGGCAAAGAUAGCUGGCAGCGACUACCACACACACAAAAAUCCUGCCACAUGGUUUCCAACACACAGAGAGAGGUGAAUGGGGAGAUGGGGUUCACUCGUUCACAUCAUCCCAGAGGAAAGAAAGACCCCCCUUAGAGCUGAGCUGGACUCUCCAUUGUAGGCAAUGAACAUGUGGCACUGCCUCUCUGAUUUUGAUACAGUGAGGAGAUACCGUGGGUGUGUUGUUGUUGGGUUUGGUUGGUUUGUCUGCGUGUUGGUUCAAAGGGGUGUCAAACCACACAUCUAUGUGGUUCUCUCCUCCUGCUUGGGCUACAGCACAGAGCAGGGCAGGGGUGAGAGCAUCAGUCAUUUAGCCACGUAGCUUAGAGCACAGUGUUUCAGAUUAAUGCUUCACAUUCAGGUCCCCAUUUAAUGUACAUAUAUAUGUAACUUUAAUGCUUAGUUUAUCCUUCAGCCCAAAAUCAAUGAAGUGGUCAGCUCACGGGAGACCAAUUAGGGAGCAGCAAGGUUCCAUUCAUCUGUCGUGGUCUCAAUGGGCAUGGCCUCGUGAUAGUGAGUGGGAAGUUGGUCUGGAUAGGAAUUGAUCACAGAAAAACAAAAAUGUAAUCUGCACUUAUGGAUUUUUGUGUUGAAAAUCUGUGCAUUUUUAAGUCUCUCAGGGAUUUAGAUCAUUGGUUCCAUUACAAAGGUUUAGUGUUGCUUUUAAUAAUACUGAGCAAAGCUGUUUGUUUUUACACUAUAUCCUGCAUAGUUUAAUUAUUUCUUUUUGGACACUGGCCUUAAUCAUGAAAAAUGAUGACAUCAAUUUAAGACCAAAGGAUAUGUAAUGUGUUUAUUUUCUUAAAUAUGAAUAUUCAAUAUAAACCAAAGUUUAGCAUCUAAUGUAUUUCUAAAAAUAUCUAAAGGCAUGUAAGAAUUAUCCAUCAGUAGUAAUCAUUAUGCAUCUUCAAUCUAUUCCCCCUUGUGAACAAUUAAGGUCCAUAUUCAGUAUAACCAUUUUAUAAAGUUUAGCUUUUUUUUGUUUAAAUAAAUUAAAAAGCUCAGGGCUGGACUACCGCAUUUGGGGUCACUGGGGAACCGACCUCCAGGUCCCCUGCUUUUCAACAAAUUUUGUAUUGGGAAAAUGUGCAGUUUUAUAUCAAAUCAAAUCAAAUGGUGUAGUAGACCUUACAGUGAAAUGCUUACUUUACAAGCCCUUAACCAACAAUGCAGUUUUAAGUAAGAGAUUUAUUUUUUUAAGUAAGAGACAAGAAUAACAAAUGAUUAAAGACCAGCAGUAAAUAACAAUAGUGGAGCUACAUACAGGGGGUACCGGUUACCCCGGUGUCGAGGUAAUAUAGUUACCCCGGUGUCGAGGUGAUAUAGUUACCCCGGUGUCGAGGUGAUAUAGUUACCCUGGUGUCGAAGUGAUAUAGUUACCCCGGUGUCGAGGUGAUAUAGUUACCCCGGUGUCGAGGUAAUAUAGUUACCCCGGUGUCGAGGUAAUAUAGUUACCCCGGUGUCGAGGUAAUAUAGUUACCCCGGUGUCGAGGUAAUAUAGUUACCCCAGUGUCGAGGUAAUAUAGUUACCCCGGUGUCGAGGUAAUAUAGUUACCCCGGUGUCGAGGUGAUAUAGUUACCCCGGUGUCGAGGUGAUAUAGUUACCCCGGUGUCGAGGUGAUAUAGUUACCCCGGUGUCGAGGUGAUAUAGUUACCCCGGUGUCGAGGUGAUAUAGUUACCCCGGUGUCGAGGUAAUAUAGUUACCCCGGUGUCGAGGUAAUAUAGUUACCCCGGUGUCGAGGUAAUAUAGUUACCCCGGUGUCGAGGUAAGAGGUAAUAUGUACAUGUAGGUAGAGUUAUUAAAGUGACCAUGCAUAGAUAAUAACAGAGAGUAAUAGCAGCGU